AGUCCGCUGCGUGGAUUUCCCGGAUGGAGCAGCGACGCCAUCUUUACGCCAGUGCUACCGGUGGCUCUUCGGUUCAGCGAAGCGACAGUGCUGUUGCUGAUCCACCACCAGGAAUCGCAGAGCAGCCGAUAAUCCUCCCUUUCCACUGGGACGCCACGAAAAGCCCCAGUAUCCGAGCACCAUGGCGGACAGAGAGAACUUAGUAUACCAGGCUAAACUCGCCGAACAAGCGGAGAGAUAUGACGAAAUGGUGGAGUCGAUGAAGAACGUGGCCAGUAUGGACGUGGAGCUGACGGUGGAGGAGAGGAACCUUCUCUCUGUAGCGUACAAGAACGUAAUCGGAGCCAGGAGAGCCUCCUGGAGGAUAAUCAGCAGCCUUGAACAGAAAGAAGAAAACAAAGGAGGCGAAGACAAACUAAAGAUGAUCCGAGAAUACAGGAAAACGGUUGAGAAAGAGCUGAAAUCAAUCUGCAAUGACAUUCUGGAUGUACUGGACAAGCAUCUCAUCUUAGCUGCUACCACGGGAGAAUCUAAGGUUUUCUACUAUAAAAUGAAGGGAGAUUACCACAGGUACCUGGCAGAGUUUGCCACAGGCAACGACAGGAAGGAGGCAGCUGAGAACAGUUUGGUAGCGUACAAAGCUGCGAGCGACAUCGCCAUGAUCGAACUCCCAUCAACGCACCCCAUCCGUCUGGGAUUGGCCCUUAACUUUUCUGUUUUCUAUUAUGAAAUCCUCAACUCGCCGGACCGUGCUUGCAGGUUGGCGAAGGAAGCAUUUGACAAUGCCAUUGCAGAACUGGAUACCCUGAGUGAGGAAAGCUAUAAGGACUCUACGCUUAUCAUGCAGUUGCUACGUGACAACUUGACACUAUGGACCUCAGAUGUGCAGGGAGACGAUUCUUAAGGACAGCCCUCCUCCUUCUCUCUUCUUCGUUUUAAAGGUCUAUUUUGUGAAGAACAGAACAAAGAAGCACUGCAAGAUGCGGAGGACGAGGCCCAGUGAGACCGAACAACACAAGACAAGCUCUCCUCCUCCUCUUCCUCCUCUCUUAACUCCCUCCUCCCAGCACUGUCUCCUGUCCCCAGCCACAGUGUUCAGCUGGGUUUACUCUGCAGCCCACUCCUACUCUACCUUCCCCUCCUUUUCCACCCUGCCCCACCUUUUUCUCCUCGUAUGCACGUCAUCUCCCUCGUUUUUCCCACCCUGGGGGUUUUCCCUUCGUUUCAUUACCGUUUCUUUUUUUUGCACGCCUGUACCCCCUUUAAGGUUCACGUCCUCUUGCACCGUUUUUAUUUUGCUUUAUUUUGCUGUUAUCAUCUGUUGCCAAGUACGCUUGCCUGUAUUUGUAACACACGUGCAAGAGUUUAUUUAAAGACGAUACUUUGCUGUUUUCCGGUGUAUGUGCGCGUGUGUUGAUGAUCAGUAUCUUGUCCGUGCUUCGUCAGUUGUCACAUUGAGGAAACACAGCAGUGAUGGAAGGUUUAAAAGGGAUGUGUUAAAGCUUUUUGGAAGAACUAAGUGCCCUCUUUACAUUUUCUUUUUUGUGGUUACUAAACCUGCUUCUUCAACACAUGUUCAUUUUCUUUCUUUCUUUUUUUAAAAUUACGAAACAUCCAAAUGUCCCCCACCUCCGAGCAUCGCUCUGACCUCUCUCCUUGUCCACUCUUUGGACCAAGUUUUGUGCUGCAAGGCUGUAGCGCUUUUGCUAAUGGCAGAUAGUUAGGUAAUGGCUUUUUAACAGACAAAAUGUGCAUCAGUGUGAGCGUGGGAGGGGAUUGCUCAACACUCUUUGAUUGUAACGUAAUGCAGUUUUGCAUUGGCACUAUAUAAAAACAGUUUGGGAAAUAGAGGCCUGCUGUAUCUUUACUCCCCUGACUCUUUCAGGUUUACUUCUGUCCCUUCCCUCUCCUCAUCCUCCUCUUCUUCCUACUCCUUCUGUUCAGUAUGUGUAAAGUGAAUCUGAUUUGUACUACUGGAUAUUCUCACCGGAGCCACAAGUACCAUCUGUAUUCUUACUGAAACACAGCAUGGAAUUAACAUUAAACUUCAAAUUGAAAAUCA